AUGGAAGGUUUCAGGUACUACGGUACAGGACGUUAUUUUGCGGUAACAAACAGGUUUGCGCAUAAAUACGAGCCAUUUGAAAAUGACAGAAGCGGUCGAAGAUACAUUGAUCGGGGUGAUAUUGACUACUACAAUGAACCAAUACAGGAAAGGCCAGAUGGAAGUAGACAAGAGCCAACGCAAAUCGACCAGAAAAACACAUCAGACAGAAAGCCUUUGGAAAGAAGAAAGGAUCCAUACGGCGAAGACCAGGACAGGCAAUACAUUUCAGAAAAUGCAGCAAAGGAUCAACUACCAAAUCAAAAGGUAUUUGAAAAUUAUGUGAAAGCUAACUCAACAGACCCUAAAAGACCAAAGAACGACCCCGAAAGCGAAUGGACAGAAGGCAACUAUGGUUUUAAAGACAGAGAUACAGAUUUUGUUGAAUACAGGCCACCAAAUUUAGGGUACAAGCCAAACAGGGAUGAAGAGGCACUUGGGUCUACAAAAGAAAAUAUAAGCAAAGAACCAGAUCCUAGUUCAAAAUAUAAAAAUAAUGGAAAACCACAGUUUUAUCCAGAAACAAGAGCAAAUUCUCGCAAUCAGGGUCCAAGAGGACAGAGUACCUUCAGUAAGAUUUAUCCUGAUGAUGAAAAAUUUGACUCAAAUGAAGACCAGUUUCCUAAGCCAUAUGAGGAACCAUCAAAUGAUGUUGAUGAAACUAGCAACUACAGGCUGCCUAAAGAAACAGCACAUGUUGAUAAUACAGUGAACAAAUACACAGAGCCAAUGAGAAAUAACAAAUAUUCUGGUGAUAAAACACAUGAUCAGCCAGCAAUUAAGAAUCAUGACUCAACAUAUCAAAUUGAUUACACUGAUGAUGACUUUUACAACAGUGUUGAUGGGCCUGUCUUGGUUUUAGAUGAAGACCAAAGAACACCUUUUGAGCAUCAACAGUUUGAUGAACAAAUGAGAAGACCUCAAGAUAAUACAGAAGAAUACAAGAAACAAUCUUUGGUUUACAAUCAGUCUACUAAAUAUUUUAUACAGCCAGCUGAAGAAAUAACAAACCACCAAAGUUUGAGUCCUGACACAGAAAAGGAUAAAGUUUAUGAUGAACAGAGUUAUGAUGAUGAUGUACAGUAUCAGGUACUUCCACAACCAGGACAGAACAGAGCAUAUAAUUCAACCAAUGAACCUGAAGUUGUUAAGGCUCAAGAAAAAAGGCCAGUUGAUGAGGAGGUUUUUUGUGAAGAGAUCAAAGAAGUUAAGAGUGAGUUCUUGAGUUUAGAAGAGCUUGAAAAGUAUGACCAAGAAAGUAACAUUGAAAGUGAUUGGCCACCUCCCCCUCCAGAUGAAAUUCCACAGGAAAGAAUAAAUGGAACAGGUGUUCACAGGGACCAAGAAAUUCAUGAUGGAAGAAGUGAACUGUCCUUAUAUACUUCAUUUUUAACAAUAGAUGUUAAUUCAAGUAGAAAAAGUGAUUUAGACACUUCAUCACUCGAGGACAGUAAACACAGAUCAUCAUUAUUAAACUUGGUGACUGGGAGCCAUGAAAUUGAUCAUGUUGAUGACAUUGGAAAUAUUGACAAAGAAGACAUGGAUAAGAUCAAACAUGACCUUGAGAUGAUCUCUAAAUAUCUUCACAACAUGCCCUUGGGUGCUUCCUUUUGGCCACAAAAUUAUGAUGUGCUCAGAGAUUUGGUGAAGUUGUAUUUAGCAGCAAAGAAUACAAACAGUGCUGCUCUUUCUUAUCUUUUGGACUAUUUCCUGAAACUUGAUUGGCCAGAAAUAUUUCUGAAAUGUGCUAAAAAAAUUAUGAAAAGUUACCCACAAGUUUUUGUUCAGGCAUCAGAUGAAAAGAUUCCAUUUGAAGACCCAACACCAGAAACGCUAGACCUGAGUUUGGUCAGUUUGGAAUAUGCCGUUGCAGUCAUAUUUCAAGUAAUUUUGUCACUUGCCGCAGAGUUUACAGAGGUACAUGAACCAAGUAGAAAGAUAGGGCACAAAGGAUUCAUCCACUUUAUCUUCCAAGAUUUACUUCCGAAACUCCAUGGCAUUCCUUGGGGAAAGAGCACGGCAAGAGAAGAAUUUCUACAUUCUGCAAAUGACAUCCUUUAUAACUUUGUUCAGUCUGUGACAAACAUGGCUUGCUUCUAUGAAUGCAAUGCUGUGCAAAUGCUCAUCAACUUGAGGAAAGAAACUGAUUACAUUGGUGGAAACCGAGUUAAUAUAGGAUGUUUGUUGACUCUGUCAUUCCUAAUUGAUGACAGGAAUAAUCAUUUGAUUUUAGCAGAUACAGCAACAGUUGGCUUGUUGGUUCACUAUGUGGAAGAAAGCUUGUCAAAAAUUGACCACUACUAUGCAGACUUUUCUCUGUCAGAAUUAAUCGAUGGCUUGACAAGAAUUGCUUCUCAUGACAGUAAUAAAUUUGUUAUAUGUUCGCAAGGAGGUAUAAGUGCCAUAACAAAGAUAUUGAAGAAAACAAGAGACAAUAAUGAAAGAAUUGCAGUAUGUUGUUUGCUUUGGAGUCUUUGCUUUGUGGAAAAAUGCAAGCAAAAAAUUAUUGGAAGAUCACCUGAAAUAUUUGAAAUUGUCCAGGAUCUUCAGGAUUCCGAGAAUUGUUCCUUGAGAGAAUUGGCAGAAGCAUUAAUCUGGGGAUUUGAAGACAAGUACACAGACCAAAAUCCUCCCCCAGUACCAGAGGUCAAACAUGUUUUCAUGAGCUAUCAUCCAGAACAGAGGGCAACUAUGAAAAAAAUAAGCUUGAGACUCAAAGACAAGGGAUACAAAGUGUGGAUGGAGAAAGAUGAUAAUCAAUCAUACCCAGAGCAUUUGAUUGAAGCUGUCGAGAAUUCUGCUGUUGUCCUUAUUGGGAUUUCUCGCAAGUACAAGCAGACACCAUCUGUAUUUGCAGAGGCAGAUUAUGCAUUUCACAUGUGCAGACCAAUGAUACCAAUAAUUUUGGAGAGAAAUCACAAGCCAGAUGGUUGGCUUGGGAUGUUGGUAGGUAGUAAGGUCUGGCUUGAUUUCACAGAAGAAUCAAAAUUUGAGGGUCAUAUGAAGUUGCUAAUGAGACAAAUUGGGGAGAGAGGAAAAGCAGAAAGAACUGUCAACAUCCUCUACAUUCCAAGUCACCAAACUAGAGGAAAUGAUAAUGAUAAUGGCAGGCUGAUUGAUGUCUCAAGAUGGGGGAAUGCAGAAGUUCAAGAAUGGCUGCAAAAGCAUAACUUGAAAAAUUGUGUUGCUGAUGAAAAAUUGAAUAAACUCUCUGGAUCACAUUUGCUUAGGCUGCACCACUUAAGACGAGAGAGUCCAGAGUUUUAUUACAAUUUGCUAGAGCCACAGCUAGGCUUCACAGAUGUCAUUGACAUGAUGGAGUUCACACAAGCUCUUGAGUCUUUAACUGAACUUGUAUAAACUUAAAUUUUGCACAUGAUCAGAUGUUAUGUAUAUGCUUUAUUUUGAUCGCAUUCACUGUUGGUGAGAUGUAAAUAGUUAAAUCCAGUCUAUUUGGGCAUGCAUGUAUUAUCGUGAUGUUAUGCAUGAAUGUUUUCAUUUGGGGAUUAUAUUGAAGCUAUCGAUACUUAAAAAAUUGGUUCUUUAUUCUACUUAAGAUUUCUAGAUUUUUGAAAUAUGAAAUCAGAGGCAAUGGAGCUCAAAAUACUUGGCUAGUUGACCAGGGCUGUUAUACUAUUGCUCCAAACCAAUGUCUUUUUGGUUUACAUACCUUUUUUCACCUCAGAUGAUUUAAAGCCAAGACAUAUUUUAUCAUAUAUACAAGUAUUUUAGAGCAGUCUAAUUGUAGCAAUUUCUUUUUCAUCAUAUAUGCAAGUAUUUUAAAAGAACUUAAUUAUACGGGUUAUUUCAAUUCAAGAUAGUUAUUUUGAUAGUAAUAAUACAUAAAGCAGUGUUAAUUUGUUUCUCUGUUAUACUCUACAACAUUUAUCAUAUAUACAUUUAAAAAGUC